AUGAACCAACCGACGAUCGCCAACACCGGAGACGAUUCCCCGCCAAAAGCACCGGUCAACUUUCGUCCAAUUCGGAUCAAAAUCGGCGUUUUGGAGAAACAAGAGGGAACAGCCUACGUCUCGUUCGGGAAAACGGAAUGCGUCGUGCAAGUGGUUGGACCGAGAUCAUCACGUUCACCGCUUGUGGCCGAGAAGGGGAAACUAGAGGUGACGGUGUGCGGAGCGGAGGGAUUGGUUGGACCGCUGAAGGACGCGAUGACGACAAUCAUUCAACUACACAAAUACCCCCGUGCAUCGAUCUCGUUGAACGUCUCCGUACUCGCCGACGAUGGGGGACUCGUGCCGGUGGCUAUGAUUGCUUCGUCGCUUGCGCUCAUCUCUGCGGGAAUUGAGGUUUACGAUGUCUGCACGGCUGCAAGGAUUCUGCUGAUGAAAGACGGACAAACGAUCGUUGAUCCACCGGGUCCAAUGCGCGAGCUCCCCGAUGGUUCCGUUCUUCUCACCGUCGUCAUCAUGCCCGAGCUCAAUCAAAUCGCCUACUCGGAGAUUUUGGGUAAAUUUCGACCAGUCGAGGUUGAGGCGAAAAUCGGCGCAGCUAUCGAGGCGGCCAAUCGACUGUAUCCACUGAUCAAGAAAGCUUUAAUCGCGCACGUGCAACGACGAAUCGAUAGCGGAAAGAAAAAU